AUGCCGGGGCUCCCUGCCCACUGCAGCCCCCUCAGGGACUGCGCUCAUCGCAGCCCCCUGAGGGACCGGGAGAAGGAGUCGGUCCCUCCAGCUCAUCGCAGCCCCCUGAGGGACCGGGAGAAGGAGUCGGUCCCUCCAGCUCAUCGCAGCCCCCUGAGGGACCGGGAGAAGGAGUCGGUCCCUCCAGCUCAUCGCAGCCCCCUGAGGGACCGGGAGAAGGAGUCGGUCCCUCCAGCUCAUCGCAGCCCCCUGAGGGACCGGGAGAAGGAGUCGGUCCCUCCAGCUCAUCGCAGCCCCCUGAGGGACCGGGAGAAGGAGUCGGUCCCUCCAGCUCAUCGCAGCCCCCUGAGGGACCGGGAGAAGGAGUCGGUCCCUCCAGCUCAUCGCAGCCCCCUGAGGGACCGGGAGAAGGAGUCGGUCCCUCCAGCUCAUCGCAGCCCCCUGAGGGACCGGGAGAAGGAGUCGGUCCCUCCAGCUCAUCGCAGCCCCCUGAGGGACCGGGAGAAGGAGUCGGUCCCUCCAGCUCAUCGCAGCCCCCUGAGGGACCGGGAGAAGGAGUCGGUCCCUCCAGCUCAUCGCAGCCCCCUGAGGGACCGGGAGAAGGAGUCGGUCCCUCCAGCUCAUCGCAGCCCCCUGAGGGACCGGGAGAAGGAGUCGGUCCCUCCAGCUCAUCGCAGCCCCCUGAGGGACCGGGAGAAGGAGUCGGUCCCUCCAGCUCAUCGCAGCCCCCUGAGGGACCGGGAGAAGGAGUCGGUCCCUCCAGCUCAUCGCAGCCCCCUGAGGGACCGGGAGAAGGAGUCGGUCCCUCCAGCUCAUCGCAGCCCCCUGAGGGACCGGGAGAAGGAGUCGGUCCCUCCAGCUCAUCGCAGCCCCCUGAGGGACCGGGAGAAGGAGUCGGUCCCUCCAGCUCAUCGCAGCCCCCUGAGGGACCGGGAGAAGGAUGUCGGUCCCUCCGCUCCAUGCCCCCUCUGCCUCACCCCCGAACGGUGCAUGUAA